GAACUGUCCUACUCCUAGCUUUUACUGAUCAUUUUGAAUAAAAAACUGACCAUUUAAUUUGUACCCAUAUUAUUUUUUGUUUUUGAAAUAAUUCAGGUUCAAACAGUUGCUCAACGUUUGAAAUUUCGUACGAAUUUAUAUGAAUUACGUGAACAAAGAAAAUUAAAACCAAAUGUAUUAUAUAAUAUGUUAACAAAUCUUUUAUAUGAACGACGAUUUGGACCUUAUUUUAUCUUUACACUUGUUAUUGGUCUUGAUCCUAAGACUGGUGAAACAUUCGUUUAUGAUUCUGAUAAUAUUGGAGCAGUUAGUGAUAAUGUUAAUUUAGCUACAGUUGGAACAGCUAGUGACUAUAUAUUUGGUCUUGGUGAAUUGUUUUUUAAACCAAAUAUGAAUCCGGAUGAAUUAUUUGAAGCAACAUCACAAUCUUUAUUGAAUGGUGUUGAUCGUGAUUCAGCUAGUGGUUGGGGUGCAGUUGUCUAUGUAGUCGAAAAAGACAAGGUUACUGUACGAGAAUUAAAAGGUCGACAAGAUUAA